AUGGCCUCCUCAAUCUCAGGCGCUCCGCUGCUUUCAGCAGCUCGGGCACGUACCGCUGCUCUUUCGUCGUAUUCCACUGUCGGUUCCUCGCAAUGCCGACAAUUCUCGCUCUCCUCGCAGCGCAGCCGCGAAAUGAAAGGCAUGCCACAGUCUUUCUCAAUGAAGCAACCGGCACAGCCCAGUAUGAAAAUCAGAACCUCGGAAAUGUCACGGACAGAACUGCCGCAGGAUAUCGGAUUGCUACCUGGGACCUUCAUCAAGCCAUUGUGGAGGGACUUGCCCUCGAUCUUCAAACAACCCAAAGAGCGGUUACAAUUUGAAUGGUUGUGGUUGAAGUCAUGGUUUCAGAACUUCCUGGGGCUCGUUGUUUACAGCAAGUCGGAGGGUAGAGCGCUGCCACUGCGGUUGAGAGAAAGACGGCUAGUAGCGCGCGACAUCCAUCAACGGAUGUACUCUGCAUUCGCUAGAGGAGAAACCGGCACAGUCCGCAACAUCUGCUGCACUGGCCUCGCAAACAGCCUCGUGAAGCGCAUCGAAGCCCGUCCCAAAGGCGAACAAGUGACCUGGUCUCUCGACAAAUAUAUCCGCUCACCGUCAACUUGGUUCACCGGAAUCCGCGUCGUUUCAGACCGUGCCACUCAACUCCCCAAUAUCGCCGAUUCCGGCGUGCGCCAGGUCGUCCUCCGAAUCACCAGCCGCCAGUCAACUGGCAAGGCGCAGCGACGAGCAAAGAACGGCACCCCCGCCGAGGGUUCCGGCAAGCAGCAGGACUGCAUGGAAUACAUCGUCAUCCAGAAACUCCGAUGGAUGGGUGAGGAGGAAGGCUGGCGCGUCUGGGGUCAUGCCACGCCCACGACCGUCGAAGAUCUCAGCUCUCCUUUCUUUGCCACUGACAUGUCAUUUGCCGACCGAUAUGAGGCGAUGAAGGACGCGGCGAUGGGGACGAAGAAGUAA